AGCAUGGAGAUAACAUUAUCGCUUAACUAGAGUGCUGAUUUUAAUUCUGCUGUACGGAAGAACGUGUUUAAAGUAUGAACUAGGAAGUAGUAUCGAUUUGGUGGAAGUCCGAAGCCCCAGGCAUGGCAACGUUGUUUGACGAGAUCAGCCAGCAGCUGGACUUCUCUAGCUGUGGGGAGGAGGGGAGCAGCAGUGACAACAGCUCCGAUGACUGCACCUUCAGGAUCCGCAGCCCCAGGAUCCGCAGUCCUGGCUCUGCAUGCAGGACGCCCAGGGUGCAACGCCACCGCAGCAGAAGCAACACCCUAUGUUCCCCUUUACAGUGCACCAGCCCUAUACCUUACGCUUCCUGGAGGAAACUGAGGCUGUGUGACUCUCCCAGCACACCCAAGAGCCUACUAUCGAAGGCAUCCCAGCCCUGCUCCGGCACUAAGAUAGGUGGCCCUCAGAGGACCCUGCGAUUCGCCUCGGCUGCUGCUAACCUCAUCCAGGCACCCUGUGUCAAUGUGAAUCCUUUCACCCCUGAGGCAGUCCGCAGGAGCAGCGAGCAGCAGCUGAAGAACUGUUGUAGGAGUGAUGAUGACGAUGAUUACGGACGCAGGUUGAAACACAGCCUAGCGUCAUCUGAGGAGGAUGAUGAAGCCUUUCUCCCACCAAAGAGACGAGCUGUCCAGGCCUUCAUGCUGUCACGCUAUGAGAGUGAGUUCCUGGAGCUGGAGUGCAUCGGCGUGGGCGAGUUUGGGGCCGUUUACAAGUGUGUGAAGAGGCUGGAUGGUUGCUUGUACGCCAUUAAACGCUCUCGCCGACCCCUGGCAGGCUCUGCCAACGAGCAGCUGGCCCUAAAAGAAGUGUAUGCACAUGCUGUUCUUGGGCACCACCCACACGUUGUCCGCUAUUAUUCAGCAUGGGCAGAGGACGAUCACAUGAUUAUUCAGAAUGAAUACUGUGGCGGUGGAAGUCUCAGUGAUAUCAUUGUGAAGAAGGAGGUGCAGAACAACUUGUUUUCGGAGGUAGAGUUGAAAAAUCUGCUCUUACAAGUGUCUAUGGGGCUAAAAUACAUCCACAGCUUAGGCCUCGUACACCUGGACAUCAAACCAAGUAAUAUAUUCAUUUGCCAGCGUCCCAGCACAAGUGCAGAGGGAGAAGGGGAAAGUGAGGAAGAGGAUGACAGAAAGACUUCUGCAGGAGUUAUUUAUAAAAUUGGGGAUCUGGGUCAUGUUACAUCAACCAACAGUCCUGAGGUUGAGGAGGGAGACAGCCGUUUUCUGGCCAUUGAGGUCCUGCAUGAGGAUUACAGCCACCUGCCCAAAGCUGACAUCUUUGCUCUGGGUCUUACGGUCCUGCUGGCAGCCGGUGCUCCACCUCUGCCUCAAAAUGGAGAUGAGUGGCACAGCCUCAGAAAGGGGGAGCUCCCCAAACUGCCAAAGGAGCUAUCAGCUCCUUUCAGAGGCCUGCUUCAGUUGUUGCUGGAUCCAGACCUGAUGAAGCGGCCAUCUGCCAGGGAGCUUUGCAAGCACACAGUCUUGAGAGAGGAGCGGGCUGGGAAGGUGGCCGCUCAACUACGCAGAGAGCUCAAUGUAGAGAAGUUCAGGACAGCCAUGCUUGAAAAGGAGCUCCACGAGGCUCGUCGGACAGCGUUGUCACCCAAGCAGAACCUCCUUUCAGGGCUGAAAUCUCCUGCUAGGAUGGGGUCCCAGCCCAGAACAGGAAGGAGACUUGUUGGUCGGACGACUGCAAGAUCCAUCAGCUUUGGUUGCACAGGGUGUGACGUCUGACUGGACAUCAUUAGGCCCACAUGCUUAGCCUUCUGCUCUGAUAUGUAGCUCCUUCUCAAACCAGGCUCUGAUAGCUAUGUAUUAUAUCUAAAUGAGACAGUGCAAUAAGAGUCACAAUACAGCAAAGAUUUUGUUGAACUGAUUGAAAUAACUGGUCAGUCCUGUUUGAGUCUUCAGGACUAAGGACUAAUCUGCAUGAUUCGACACUUGAUUUUCAAGUGAUUUUUCUGGCUGAGGUGAGCUGUAACUGCUGCAGACCAAUCAGGGACUUGUUUUUUUUUAACUGUAAAUAAACAUUUUAAGCAUUUUA